AAGCGAGAGGCGGGAGCCCCGCGCAGUGCAGUUUGUGAGGCGUUAGGGGAGCGUGGGUUUCUAAGGUAGCCGAGCGAGCUCUUUGCCAGUGGUCGUCACGCCGCCAAGAUGCCUGAGGAGGUGCAGACACAUGAUCACUCAAUGGAGGAAGAGGUGGAGACCUUUGCCUUUCAGGCAGUAAUUGCUCAGUUGAUGUCUCUGAUCAUAAAUACUUUUUACUCAAAUAAAGAAAUCUUCCUUAGGGAACUAAUCUCCAACUCAUCUGAUGCUCUGGAUAAAAUCAGAUACGAGAGCUUGACUGACCCAAGCAAAUUGGAUUCUGGAAAGGACCUGAAGAUAAAUCUUAUUCCAAACAAACAUGAUCGUACUCUGACCAUUGUAGAUACUGGUAUUGGGAUGACCAAAGCUGAUCUGGUCAAUAAUCUGGGAACCAUUGCAAAGUCUGGCACAAAGGCUUUCAUGGAGGCUUUGCAGGCUGGAGCAGAUAUCUCCAUGAUUGGUCAGUUUGGUGUUGGCUUCUACUCUGCAUAUUUAGUUGCUGAGAAAGUAACUGUGAUUACUAAGCACAAUGAUGAUGAACAGUAUGCUUGGGAGUCAUCAGCUGGUGGAUCGUUCACUGUCAGGCUGGACAAUGGUGAGCCUUUGGGGCGUGGGACAAAGGUUAUUCUCCAUCUGAAAGAAGACCAGAUUGAGUAUUUGGAGGAAAGACGCAUUAAGGAGAUAGUAAAGAAACAUUCUCAGUUCAUUGGAUAUCCUAUAACUCUCUUUGUAGAGAAGGAACGUGAUAAGGAGGUUAGUGAUGAUGAGGCAGAGGAGAAAGAGGAAGAGAAGGAAGAGAAAGAAGAAAAGGCUGAAGAUAAGCCAGAAAUUGAGGAUGUUGGUUCUGAUGAGGAGGAGGAAAAGAAAGACGGUGAUAAGAAGAAGAAAAAGAAGAUCAAAGAGAAAUAUAUUGAUCAGGAAGAACUCAACAAGACAAAGCCAAUUUGGACCCGGAAUCCAGAUGAUAUUACUAAUGAGGAAUAUGGGGAGUUCUACAAGAGCCUGACCAAUGAUUGGGAAGACCAUCUAGCAGUCAAACAUUUCUCAGUGGAAGGCCAGCUGGAAUUUAGGGCACUUCUGUUUGUUCCAAGGCGUGCACCUUUUGACUUGUUUGAAAACAGAAAGAAAAAGAACAACAUUAAGUUGUAUGUUCGUAGAGUGUUCAUCAUGGACAACUGUGAAGAGUUAAUUCCAGAAUAUUUGAAUUUUAUGCGAGGUGUUGUAGAUUCAGAAGACUUGCCUCUGAAUAUCUCUCGUGAAAUGCUGCAGCAGAGCAAGAUUUUGAAAGUGAUUCGGAAGAACUUAGUCAAGAAAUGCUUAGAGCUCUUCACUGAACUGGCUGAAGAUAAAGAAAACUACAAGAAGUUCUAUGAGCAAUUUUCCAAAAACAUCAAGCUUGGUAUACAUGAGGAUUCCCAGAACCGCAAGAAGUUGUCAGAGUUGCUGAGAUACUAUACAUCUGCAUCUGGGGAUGAGAUGGUAUCACUAAAAGAUUACUGCACUCGGAUGAAAGAAAAUCAGAAACACGUGUACUACAUUACUGGUGAAACUAAAGACCAAGUAGCAAAUUCUGCUUUUGUGGAGCGACUCCGUAAGCAUGGGCUGGAAGUUAUUUACAUGAUUGAACCUAUUGAUGAGUAUUGCGUACAACAGUUAAAAGAGUUUGAAGGGAAGACAUUGGUUUCAGUAACAAAAGAGGGACUGGAGCUUCCUGAGGAUGAAGAAGAGAAGAAGAAACAGGAGGAGAAGAAAGCAAAGUUUGAAAGUCUUUGCAAGAUCAUGAAAGACAUACUUGAAAAGAAAGUAGAGAAGGUUGUGGUGUCCAACAGAUUGGUUACUUCUCCAUGCUGCAUUGUGACCAGUACAUAUGGCUGGACAGCUAAUAUGGAAAGGAUCAUGAAGGCACAAGCACUCAGGGACAACUCCACAAUGGGCUAUAUGGCUGCCAAGAAGCAUCUAGAAAUCAAUCCUGACCAUUCUAUUAUUGAGACACUGAGGCAGAAGGCAGAAGCAGACAAGAACGACAAAUCUGUGAAGGACCUCGUCAUUCUUCUGUACGAGACUGCUCUUCUGUCUUCAGGAUUCAGUCUAGAGGAUCCUCAGACACAUGCUAAUCGUAUCUACAGAAUGAUAAAACUUGGCCUGGGCAUAGAUGAAGAUGAUGCUACAACAGAGGAAGCUAGUCCAGCAGUUGCUGAAGAGAUGCCACCACUUGAAGGGGAUGAUGAUACAUCACGUAUGGAAGAAGUGGAUUAAAUGUCUGACUGUUAGAGCAGUUUGGAUAUUUCUGUUGCCCUAGGCUUUAAAUAAGUUAUAUUUUGUAUAUUAUGAAUGUUAACCUUGCCAAAAAAGUUUCGACACUUGUCUGCAUUCCCUCUUUCUAUUUAUUUUUGAAGAUGUUUUACCUUUAUUUUUGUUACAUUUGCUUUUUUUAGGUAAUGUGAGAUGCCAUUGAGGGAGUGUCAUUUCUUGAUGUAUAACACUGUACAAUCCUACCUUAUACUGGCAAGUAAACAGCUGGAUGGUUGAUUAGUGGCAGGGUUUUAAGAGUGGUUGUGGGCAGAAAAAAAUGGAGUAUGGGGAAGUUAAAGGUGUUGGCAGA